CCAGCACCAGCCCCCGCUUAUGCUUCCACCGGGAAAAAGCGACCUCGAGAUUCUCGAAAGCCUCAAGAAAAUGAUCAAGGACGGUCAGCACGAGUUCUAUCGCGCUGUCCCUCAGCCCACUGCUCUCGCCUCUCUCUACUUGGGUCCGCCAUCUCACUCAAACGGUUCUUCCCGGCCCCAUCAGGACGCCCUUCCCACAGACUACGCUCUUCUCCCUGGUCAACACUCGAACGCUGACACAUCUGGCUUUUCUGGCUCCGACACCAGGAGGUUUGCUGGCGACCAAAGGAAGGAUUGGGACGCUGCCAGACGUAACCACACAGACGCAAACCAUCGUUAUCAUCCAACCGCCGACAACGCUGCCUCUCAUCCCCCUGCAUCUGCUACCUCUGCUUCUGGUCUAGAAACCCUCGCCGACGUGAAACCUCUUAUCCCCUCUUCUGACGACAAGCGACCUGAAGACAUGCAUCGUUCUAUCUCUGAUAGAGCAGGUGAGUACAGAGAAGGCCACCCGUCUCCCGGAAAAUCUGGCUUCGACAAAACCCGCGACAACGGCUUCUCAGACGACAGGCGUCGGUUGGAAGAUCGUUUGGGUCCCUCUCCUGGUCGCUCUGCAAAUGGGCCUGGACAGUACGACCGACCUAACACCGACGCCAAUGCCCGGCUCCCACCGAGGGACCAGCGCGCCUUCGACAAGGACAAAGAUAUUCGCGACAAAGAUGUAAAAGAUAAUAAAGAUAAUGUCCGUGACCGGGACCGCGAACGGGACAGGGACUUCUGGGAUCGGGACAGAGAAAGACGCACCGACUACCCGCGCUCCUAUGGCCGUAGUUUUGCGCCAAGACCCCCACCUGAUCAACGCCAUUAUGAACCCAAGUACUCUCCCGAGUAUCUCGCUUCUCGUCGUUUUGAUAAUGAAGAUGACCGCGGACCUCGCACAUUGGUUGACGACAGACGCCCUCCAGCUAAUGAUGACCGAGACCGCUUGCCCCGUGCUCUCCCGUCUGUAGACAGAGAUAGAUCUAUGCCCCGAGAUGAUCGUGUCCGUAUGCCUCCCGCUAAUGAUCUCUCUUCUCCUGAUCGUGACCGACUUGCCUCUGACACUCGUCCUCCACUCCCUUCCGCUGGCGACGAUCGUCUUUCUAGGGCUGCCGUUCCCUUAGAGGAACGUAUUUCUCAAGCUCCUUCUCUUCAAGAUAGGAUCGGUCAACCAGCUCACGCUGCUUCGAGACUGGAUGACAAGAACGCUCGUCCUCCUAGCUUGGAAGAACGCCUGUCUCACCCUGCACCUGCAUCUGCAUCUGAGAGACCCCCUGUAGAUGAUCGUGGUACCCGUCCUCUGGACCCUCCCCUGCCUGUCGCUUCAAACCGCUUGGGGCUCGGUCCAUCAAAUGACCGCGGUCGCCCAUCCGUCAACGACCGGUUCGCAAGGCCAGCUUCCCCGGAUCGCUCUGCCUCGAUUCGCCCCAAUGUCUAUCCUCCACCUGUGGUACGAUCUCCUUCGGCUGUCCGCCCUGAUUCACGCGCCGGCAAAGACAUUCUGCCGCCGCUCAAUGAUCGUGCCGAUGCUCGAGAGUUCCGCCCUCCUCCUCGAAGUGUAUCUCGCGAACAAGCAGACGUGAGACCUCCUUACCGCAGUGAGCCAGACAGGGUCUUCAACGAUAGCAGACGACCUGAUCUCAUGGACGUUGACCCACCUUCACGAUAUGCCGAAAGUCGCGGGAACGCUUUCCGUCGGCCUCCCUCUCCGCCUCUCUCAAGCGCAAGUGCAGGCAAAGGGAUUUACACUCGCUCACCCUCCCGUGCAGAUACUGCGCCUGUGCCUAUAUCUGCCUAUGACGCCGACCUCGACAGACGUUACCCUCCGGGCGACCAACGCGACUGGCAAUAUGAACGAAGACGGGACUGGGGUGCUGAUGAGCGUCCCCCUUACCGGAGCUGGGACAGCCGCCCGCCUCCACCCCUCGAGCGACCACCGUUCGACCGCGAACCUCCUGCUCGGGCUGUACCCGGUGCUGGUAGCUGGGAUGCUCGCGAUGCCCGCGACGACAGAGAUCGCCGGCCGCUUCCAUACAGCACCUCUUCUGACUCUACCCGUCCGCUGGGCUCUCGCCCGGAUACUUUCCCUCCGCCUUAUCCCGCGGACGACAGGGCAUAUCGUGACCUAGACCGAGCUCGCUAUCCACCUGCCGAUACUGCCCCUCCACCCCCGUUCUCGCGCGUGCGCGGACGCAGUCCGAGUCCGAUAAGGCGCAAUGGCCCAGGUGGCGCCCCCAUCGACGACAUGCGCCCGCCGCUCAAACGGACGCGCGACGACGCUUCCUACGCUGGUCCCGGUCCGGGUGGUUUCUACGGGCGCUCCCCGCCGCGCCGCGACUCGGUCGCGAGCGACUACCCGCGCUCGGUGGCGACGCCUCCUCCUAGUAGCGGCGGCAGUGGGUCGUUCUACGAUGGUCGAGGCGGUCUGCCGCCACCGCCUCCGUUUAGCGGGGCCAGCGCGAGUUCGGCGUCUCUGGGGCGGGAUAGAGAUCGGGACAGGGAAUAUCCGCCUCUGCCUCCGCCGUUGUCGCGGGAUAGAGAUGGACCUGGGUAUGCGGCCGCACCGUACGAUAGGGACAGGGAUAUUAGGGGACGGUCGCCGCCGAGGGUGCCUUUGCCGCCCAUCGGGAGGGGCGGGUAUGGGCGUCCGCCGGACGUGAGGGACGAUAGGAGGUAUAUGCCGCCGCCACCGCCUAGGCCUUGAGUGAACCUUGCCACAGUCUUCAUCUGACGAAAAACAUUUCUUGAAAAAUAUGGUGACAUCUCUCUAAAUUUUUGUUACGCAAUUUCUUGCCUACGCACAACAAAUCUCUCUCUUGAUCAAUUGCCACUAGAUGCCCACGUUGGACUUUUGCAUCUGCAUGUUUCAUAGUUACACAAUUUUCUUGUCUAUACGCAUAACGGUUUUUGACAAUAAUAUC